AUGGAAACAGAUACCAUACCAGCACCAACCGAGCCCACCUCUACGACCGCUACCUCUUUCUCGAUUUCGAAACGCCUCACCUCCAUCUCCGGUUCGACAUCCUACCAACCAGAAGCCCGUGCAGCCAGACCGAAAGAAAAGCCCUUCAAAGGCAAUUAA